UUCAAUACCUUCGACUUCUGUAAAUCUCAGUGUGGGUUGAAUUCCUAUGCUCAGAAGUAAAACAGAUGAUGGAGCUUGGCUUGAGCUUAGGAGCUUCAAAGCCUUUCACUUUCAUGGAAAAGCCUUCUGAAUUACAAGCUCCUCUCAGCAACAACCAGAAACUCGACUUAGGCAUCAACACUGCUUUAUCCAUUGGUCCGAUCAGUACCAGCAAAAGCUGCGACGACGAUCUUCGUCAAGAACAAGAAGACGAAGAACAUCAUCAAGAACAAGCCAAGAAGAAGGAAAAUCACAGUACAGUCAAGGAAGAUCAAGCUUCAGAUUAUAAAUUGAUCUCUUCUGCUUCUCUUUCCUCUUCUUCCAACAAAUCCAAUAACAACCAUAACUCUUUACAGCUCCAUCUUCUUCCUCACUCCAAACCUCUCCCUCUCUCCUCCUUCUCAUGGCCGCCUCCUUCUGAGAACUGUGAUGAGAUGGCAGCUAAUCCGGCGAUGGGUUUGAAGGUGAAGACGAUGCCGGAGGAGGAAGAGUCGGAGGAGAGGACGGUGCUGUCAUCGUCUCCGAUGAGCGGAGCGUCGUCGUUUCAGGUGGAUCUGUGUAUAUACAGUAAUAAUAGCAUGAGUGGAUCAGGAAAUUACCAUAAUAAUAGUAAUAACAGCAACAGAAAGAGACAGAUUAAUGAAUCAGAAGGUGAGGGUAAUUAUUACUACGACCGAAGGGGUUGUUCUUCAAGAGCAAGCGAUGAAGACGACAACCACAACGACAACAACGUUGGUGUUCGUGGUGGUACCAGAAAGAAGCUCAGGCUCUCUAAGGAGCAAUCUGCUUUUCUUGAAGAGAGCUUCAAGGAGCACAGUACUCUUAAUCCUAGACAAAAACUUGCUCUUGCCAAACAACUCAAUCUUCGUCCUCGCCAAGUCGAAGUCUGGUUCCAAAACCGAAGAGCAAGGACGAAGCUGAAGCAGACGGAGGUGGACUGUGAGUACUUGAAGAGAUGCUGUGAGACGCUAUCAGAAGAGAACAGGAGGCUUCAGAAGGAGCUUCAGGAACUGAGGGCUUUGAAGGCCUCAAACUCAAACCCUUUCUUCAUGCAAUUACCAGCCACCACCUUGACCAUGUGCCCUUCCUGUGAGCGCGUCGCCUCCAAUCCCUCCUCCUCCAAUAAUAACAAUAAUUCUCCUUCUGCUUCUGCUUCUGCUUCUUCCUCCAAACCAGUUGCCUUCCCCUUCGCCAAACCCAAGUUCUGUCCUUUCCCUCACUCCAAACCGCACCAGUCCUGAACAAAACCACCGAUCAAACCAUAUCGCUAAGUACAGUUAGAGGAAACAACAUAUAUAUAUGCAUGAUGAUACUGAUCACACAGACAUAUUUGCAUUAGUUUCAUUUCAAGUGUUUUGUAUUAUUUCAUACACACGUAUAUCUGAUACGAAACAAUUUUGUUUUGUGCUAUAAAUUAGUGUCCUAGCUGGCUGGCUUGUGUCUUGAGUGAAGAAUGGUCGUGGGAUUUUGAUGGUGCUGGGAAAUUGGUUUUGUACAUAUGUGAGGAAAUUUUCUGAGACUGAUGAUGUUCAUGAUUGAUUAUUGGAUUAUGUUCUUUUAAUGUAGAGAUUGGUUUCAGAUUA